AUGAAUGCGGCUGUCGAAAUUCUUCGUGACUCCAAGAGCCGGAGACGGCUUGAUGCCCAAUUGAAUGGAAAGCGCAAGAGAGCUCGUGCUCCUGGUGAAUUUUCGUCUUCCUGCAGCGGGCGGGCAAAGAGAGAGCGCCGCUCCGAGUGCCCCUCUGAGCGCCAAUUUCAGGACCAAUCUCAGGACCAAUCUGAGCGCCCAUGGACUAACUACUGGGGAAGCACCUUCUUCCCGCAAGAAUCGUACAUGCGCAGCCACGGGGCCGGGGCUGACCUUGGUGAAGAAGCUAUCAAGGCUCAGGAAGAACUUCUCAAGGAGCAGAUGCGUGAUCGCAUGAAGCGCAAUAUUAUUCGCCUGAUGGGGGGUAGCUGUGGCCCCGACUUUGACACUUUUCUUGAUUGGGUCAUAAACAAUAGCAUUGACGAGAUGGAAAUUGCUCAGUCAUCUUCGCAUAGUCUGGGAUAG